AUAGAGGUAGCAGACAAUGAUGCUGAACAGGCAGAGUAUGCGGAAGAGGCUGAAGAUGAAGACCACACUGAACACAUUCAGGAGGAAGAACCACAGGAAACAUCAAUAGACCAUGAAGAUAACGCUAGUAACCAUAGUAACAGUCACUCUAGCAGCAGUAGUCAUAGUGACUCUGAUAGUAGUCAUAGCGACAGUGAAUCAUAUGAUGAUGAAUAUGAAUCCAGUCACCAUAGCGAUGAGAGUGAGCCAGAGGAAGGAGAAAUAAAAGAAGAAAAUCCAAAGAGGAAGAAAAGAAGGCGGAAAAUUCCAGAUGUGAAAAGUGAUGAAAAGUGCUCUGAACCAAAAGAAGAUGAUACUAAAACUGACAGUGUUGUUGGUGAUAAACAAGUGUCUGAUGAUGUGGAUGAAAAAUCAAAUGAAACUGGACAGAAAGGAACUGAAAGUGCUGAGAAGAGUACUGAAGAUGAAAAUGAGAAAGAAAAGGAGGGCCAAAGUGAUAUUGACAAGGAAAAGGUUGAUAAUAAAGCAAAUGAGGAAACACAUGACA